AUAACAAAACACUGAAGAAGAAAGUGCAAAGCAGAUGUAACAAGAAAGUGCAUAAUUUUUAGGAAAAUCUCUGAAAUUCUGACUAAAAUUAAUAAUUGUUGAUAAAUAAUAUACAAUUGUAAACUUUUAAUGGUAAUAAAUAAAUAAUAAGUAAAAGAAAAGUGUAAAUUAUAUGAAAAAAUAACAUUAUGCAAGUGUAAAUGCAAUGAAAAAAUAAAAACAAACAAAACUGUACUUUGGUGGUUGCAAUUAAGAGAAAAUAAGUCAAAGGAGCAGCAAUAGCAGCACCCCAAGUUGUGAAAUUUGAUAAAUAAAAGAAACUACACAAUAAAAAACAAACAAACGUGAAAACAAAAAAAAAAUAAAAGUGUUUGUGUUUAAAAUGAAAAAGGCGUUUAGUAAAAACAACCGACAUGACUAACGUUAAAGUAUAAUUUGUGACUUUUAUUAAUUGUUUGAAAGCAAAACACAUUGACAUGGCACCCAAGGUUCCAGAAAAACAACAUACUCAACAGCCGCAGCAGCAUCAGCUGCACAACCAUCAAAAGCCGCUUCACAACAAUUCUGUAGUUAUCAAACAUUCCAAUCCCUUUCACAUCUCAGCCCAUACUUUAUGCCACAAUAAACGUUUAAAAUUAAAACGUUCUAAAUAUGGGAGUAUUUACGAAAUUUCUAUGAAACAAUCGGCCGACACCUACACAAAAAACCCCCGGCCACAAGACUGAGGUGCGUAGAAAAAAUUGAAUAGUUUACAGGCCAAUGUGACCAUUGAUCUUUUAUCGGAUGAGGAAGAGCAGGGGGCAAAUAGCAAAACAGCAGAACAAUCUGUGAUUGUUUACCCCGGCCGCAUGUGUUUAGAAAGAGCGGCAAUAUUGGGUUUAAUGCCGGUGGAGAGGGUCCUCAACCCACCGCCCUUAGUGCCGAUAUUAAACAAUAAACGGCAGCCACCACAAUUACACAUACAGCCUCAGUUAAUUGUAAACCAGCCGCAGCAACAACAAGAAUAUUUACAGCAACCUUACCUGCUGAUGCCAAUGCCACAAAAUCCACCAGCGCCACAACCUCGCAAACGUAAAUCCAGACCUCAAAAGCGACGUUCUGUACCAAAUCCUCCCAAAGCUCCCAUACUACUCAAUCAUGAGUCUAUAGUAUUGAGUGAUGAUAGCAAUGAUGUACCCUUCACCAUGCCAGGACUACCACCAGCACUACCUUCAUUGUCUAUGUCUUUACUACAACCGCCGGAAAUAUCUGUGACAUGUCCUACCUCCUCUCAAAUACCCUCUGCCACAACAAAUACUAUGCAAGUCGAUGAAGAGGUAACCAUUUCACUGGUACCACGCUCUCUCAACGCCACCACCUGUGCCAGUCGUUCAUCGCUAAAUACUUCCCAUUCUUUAGCAGAACAUCAACAACAACAACAGGAAGUAUUUCCCAUGCUACCCGAUGAGACAACAGUUCAUACCGUGAUAGCCAAUCGUAUUUAUGAACUGUCUCUCACCAAACUUCGAGAAGGUUUAGCUUCUUGCGGUAUACCCGAGUUCGCUGAUGGCCAGCAGAAAAUAUCACCACAAAGACGUAAGGGUAUGGUGCAACAACCUCCGGUGGUUUCGCCGCCUCAGGCUCCCAUAUCUCUGAAAUUAUCCAGCGAUUUAAGCAUUUCACUGAUCUCAGACGAUGAAGACGAUACCCGCCAAAAGAAUCGCCAACAUGAGCCCAUACUAAGUCCCGCCUUUUUACAAAAGUUACCUGUAAAUGUGUCGAUAGCACCGGUGCCCAUGAGACCACCACCACCAACAACAAAUAAUCAUCAUUCAACAGAACCCAGAAAACUUAAAUUGGGUUAAGUCUAAUGUUUGUUCUCAUUAAUCGAGUCAUUUUUUAAAAUACAUACGUCCCCCUAUCAUAAUCAUUCCUUAAAACAAAAAUCCCUCCCAUAUUUUUUUUGUAUUAGUAUAUAUUUUUUUAUAUUUAUAUUUUUUAAGUAUUUUGAAUUUUAUUUGCUUGUCUUCUUUGUCUAUUUAGGUCGUCCUUAGUUUUAGUCCAAUCAUCUAUAUUCCUUCUUUCCCCUUUUUACUUGAUUUCAUUGUUUUCACUAUUUGUUUAAGCUAAUAAUUUUUCGAAAACUUUUUUAAGACAACAUUUUCAAUUGUAAUUAUACAAUUUUAAUUAUUCAUCUCAAAAUUCUUUGUUAUUGUUUAUUAACAAAGAAUUUUUUGCAUUUAAAUUUGUAUUAAAACAGAAAAUUUCUUCCAAAUUAGAAGAAUAAAUUUUCGUCAUUUCCGAACCACUUUAAUUUAAAUAAAAUUUUAAAUUAUCUAGCUACUGGAGAGCAAGUUAUACUUAAUUUUAAUUGUUUAUUAUAUAAUUAAAUUCAAAUAAGUUUCCUAUUAAUUUGUCUCAGUUUUUUUUAAGGAAAACGUUGAUUCUAUAAUUAUAAUUAAUUUUUUAAAUUAUUAAUUAAUAAAAACUGUAUUUAAUUUUUUUUUUUAAUUGAUGUAUAACAAUUGAAAGUUGUAGAUUUUCGUCUCAAGUAUUUAUUCAACUAAUUAGUAUUUAUCGAAUAUUAGAAAAAACUGUUUUUUUUAACUUUCAUCCAAGGUUUUCAAAAGCAUUGGCCUAAAAUACGUUAAGUUUAAAGUAAAUUAAAAUUUAUUUUGCAUUCUUUUCAGAAAAUAAUUCCAUUUACUUUGAACUUUAGUUUUUUCUUAAACUUAAUUCCUUUUCUAUUCGAUUUUUUUGUAUUUGCUUGGUUUAUCUCUUUAUUUUUUUUUAACCACAUAUCUUAAUAUAUUUUGGAUUAAAAACCUAUCGUACAAAAAUAAAAAGGAAAACAUCGUUAAAAAUUUAUCUUUUUAAAACUAAAA